UUGACACCAGUAGUCAGUCCAUUACUAGUUGGUUAAGCUCGCCCAUCUCACAGACACAGACGCAGUUUUUUGCACUCUGAGUCUGAGCUGAGAGCGAUCAGCUGCCUACACAUGGAGCCACCAACUUACAGAGCCAAUAUUCUGGAGCAUUGCCGGAUCGCUCCCCCUCCAAAUUCCGCCACCGAAAUGUCUCUCCCACUCACCUUCUUCGACAUGUUGUGCUUGGUCCUACCUCCCAUACAAAGCCUUUACUUCUACGAGCUACCACAGUUUGCAGAUUCUCUCCUUCCCAACAUCAAACACUCGCUUUCUCUCACCCUCAAGCAUUUCUUGCCUUUCGCCGGAAACCUCACUUGGCCAAAGGACUCUGAGGUUCCUCUGAUCCGUUAUGUCGAGAAAGAUUCUGUGUCUCUGACAGUCGCCGAGUCUGACGGUGACUUCUAUCAUCUCUCCGGUACCCAUUGCCGAGACAUAACUGAAAUUCUUCCCCUCAUCCCUGACUUGCCAAUAUCCGACAAACAAGCGCCGGUGCUGGCAUUGCAGGUCACUGUGUUCCCAAACCGUGGCAUCUGUGUCGCAACAACCAUCCACCAUGCAGUUGCUGAUGGGCGAACGAUAUCUCUGUUCAUGAAGACAUGGGCUUCGAUCUGUCGAUUAGGUGGGGACUCGUCUUUGUUGCCUGAGUCUCUUCCGUUCUAUGAUAGGAACGUGAUCAAGGACCCAUCGGGGCUCCAGAAGGUUUUCCUGACCGAGUUGUCCAAUCUGACCAGCGAAUGUGAGGUUGAGUCUGAAAACUGGAGCUUCAAAUUAUGGGACAAUGUAGCUCCGCCCAACAGCGUAAAGGCUAUCUUCGAGCUCAGGAGGGAUGAUAUCGAACGACUUAGGAAAUGGGUUGUCAAACGACUGGCCAAAGACAAACAGUCGGCACAAGAUUCAGUACCCCAUUUAUCUGCAUUCGUUCUGGCAUGCGCCUUUCUCUGCCAUUGCCUGGUGACAGCAGGAGAAGAUGAAAGCAGGGAGAAGACUUACUGUAUGUUUCCAGUAGAUUGCAGAGCUCGCCUGGAACCUCCGGUCCCUGCAACAUACUUUGGUAACUGUGUCCGAGGUGGUAUUGUAAGCUUAGAGACGAAUCGUGUACUAGGAGAAGAUGGGAUGGUUGUGGCCGUGGAGGCCAUUAGAGGAGCCAUUAAUGAAUUAGAGAAUGGAGUUCUUAGAGGUUUGGAGGAGUUUGUUUCAGCCAUGUCCUCUAUUGACGUACUUGAAAUUAUUUGGAUUGCUUGGUCCCCACGGUUCAGGGUUUACGAUACCAAUUUUGGGUGGGAAAGGCCAAAGAAGAUGGAGAUAUUAAUGACGGCAGGAUGUCGAGUGAUUUCUCUGGUGGAGAGCAGAGAUGGGGAUGGUGGAAUUGAGGUUGGUUUAGAACUGGACAGAAAACAAAUGCAAGUUUUCUCUUCUCUGUUUGUAGAUGGUAUCAAAGCUCUUUGAUCUUUGUUGAACCAAAACAAAUUGCUAUUUUUACUGCUGCAAGGUAGAGGGAAACUAUAAUGGAAAUCUACUGUAUUAAUAAAUUGCGCAUCUUAAUAUCAUAGAGAUAGUACAAAGAAGGGUGUCCCCAAAUUAAUUUCAAAGUAUGCAGUCCCGAUUU